AUGGCUCCAAAAAGAGAUGUGGCUUCAAAUAAACAGAAAACCUCAGGGGAUGGAACUUCAAGGGGACAACAACCCUUUGACCAGACAAUAUUCCUAGGACCAGAACAAGAGGAAAGGUAUCAGGAACUUAUUGGAAGAUCCAUUUUGUAUGAAAGAAUCUUUGAUAUCAAUCCUGAAGGACCCUAUAGGUCUUUACCUGAGAUGUGGACCAACCACAAAUGGGAUAAGCUUGUGAAACCUCACCGUAAAAUCAACAUUGAGGUACUUCGGGACUUUUAUGCCAAUGCCUUUCCCUCAGAAGGAACUGUCUUCUCUUUUUUUUCAUGGGGAUGUGAUUAA